AUGGAGCAGCGCACGCGUACACGAAGGGGAAGACCCAGGAUCUAUUCCAGCGAAAGCGAGCGCCUCCAAAUCAGAAGACAGCGUGAAACGCCGCAAGAAAGGGCCAUCCGGCUUGAAACGGAGUCUGCGCGCCAGCAACAACGGCGAGAAAAUGAGGAUUGGGAAGAGCGUUCCGACGAACGAACUGCUCGACUCCAGGAAAAUGCUCAGAGACUGCAGCAGAGGCGCCAGCAUGAAAGCACUGCGGAACGAACUUCACGACAGCAACAAGACGCUCUAAGGCAGCAGCAGAGGCGUCAUAUUGAAAGCCAUGCAGAGCGGUCUUUCCGGUUACACGAGAACGCACAGAGACAACAGCAGAGGCGCCAGCACGAAAGUUCUGAAGAGCGCAUACUUAGACUUCAGGGAAAUGCUCAGAGACUACGACAGAGGCGGCAGCAUGAAAACCCCGAAGAGCGGUCUUCCCGAUUACAUGAGAACGCUCAAAGACUGCGGCAGAGGCGCCAGCAUGAGAACCAUGAAGAGCGCGCUCUCCGGUUGCAGGAAAACGCUGAAAGGCAACAGCAGAGACGAGACUCGGAAGACGCUGCUCAACGAGUUGUCAGGAUGGGAAGAAAUGCCGAACGACAGCGAAGGAGACGCGAGUUGGAAGGGACUGAGGAGCGAGUAGUUAGGCUGGAGAACAACAGUGAGCGGCAGAGAAGAAGGCGACAACUAGAAACGGCUGAUGAACGUGGAAUGAGGCUGCAACUGAACGCUCGAAUCCAGCACAGAAGACGCGCAUCUGGAAGUGCGGAAGAACGAGUAAUCAGAUCACAAGUGGAAGCCACGCGGCUAUUGAGAAGGCGUGAAUUGGAAAGUACCGAAGUUCGAGCUGCUCGGCUUCAAGAGGAUGCUGAGAGACACAGGAGGCGUCGGAGUCUUGAAAAUGAACAUGACCGGUCUGCUAGAUUACAGUCAAUUGCUUCAGCUACACGUCGACGGCGAAGCACACAUACUGAAUCUAUUGGAAGCGCUCUGCAAAUGCGCCUAGCUGAAGCACAUUACCUAGGGGAGCUCAAUCAA